AUGAAAGCAGGCGACAAACUUCCCUCAGUAACUGUUAAUGAAAAAAAUCCAGAUCAUAAUAUAAAUAUCGCAGAAUUUUUCGCUCCUUAUAAAAAAGCCAUUCUAUUUGGCGUGCCCGGCGCUUUUACUCCUGGAUGUACAAAGACACAUGUCCCUGGGUACCUCGAAAAUUACGACAAAAUCAAAGAAAAAGGGGUCGAAAAAAUUGCAGUGAUUUCUGUUAACGAUGCUUUUGUUAUGCAAGCGUGGCGUGACCAUUAUAAUUCUGGGGAUAAGAUUACGUUCCUUGCUGAUCCUCGAGCUGAAUUCGUCAAAGCCGCAGACCUGCAUUUCAACGCUGGCGGUUUAGGCGGAACACGAUCUAAACGUUUUGUAGCCAUUGUUGAAAAUGGCAUAGUAACUAGAAUUGAUAUCGAGCCUGAUAAUUCAGGUCUUGCGUGCUCUCUAGCUCCAGCAAUUCUGGGACAUAUUUAA